UUGUAGCCUUGGUUCUAUAUAGAACAGGCUAGCUUUGAACUCAUAGAGAUCCUCCUGCCUCUGCCUCCAGAGUGCUGAGAUUAAAGGUAUGCAUCACUAUGCAGAUGAACUAGACCUUAAAGGAUGACUAGAAGCUGACCAGCUGACAAGGCAGGGCUGUCUGUUUAGGGGUUUAAGCACUGUGUAUUCAAUGCUGGCUCCCAUGGUUCCUAGCUCUACCUUGAUGGUUCUGUAGAACUCCAGACAUAGAUGGAGAAGAGGUAAGUGGACACUUGUAGAAAUCACAACAGAUUUAGAUACGGGUUGUCAUUUUUCCCUCAAAACGUGCCUCUUUUUGAGUCAUAUCACUAGCUACCUAGCUAUACAAGGCCAGCCUAGAAGAUAGCUUUGAUGUCAAAUUACGUCAGAGAAGUUGAAGCCUGGGCCUUUGCAUGCUAGGUGAGUGUUCCUUCACCGAGCUACAGCCCAGCAGAGGAAGGCCUCCUUAAAUCCUCUCCCCCUUCACGCCUAAGCUAUUAGUCUUGUCGACUGCAUCCAUCCCAGUUCAGUCUUCAUUUGUGCAUUCAUGGGCACUUGUGCCUGGCUAGUAGCAUUGUUGUGGGGCUUCUGUCCUUGGACUCGUUUGCUUCCUUGCAGUGAGUCAGAAAAACUCUUCUGCCACACUUUAUUACUGCCAUGUUGUUGUGCUGAGGCUCAUGUUGUUUCUUCUGGUAGCUAUUUGGAUUCACAGCAGUGAAAAACUCAUUAUAUAUACGCAUGUUCCUCUUGGUAACUUCAUUCCAUGCACAUUGGUCUUUCCUUAUAAGCCCAGGUCAUUGUUGCCCAGACGUUGGCUGUAGAUGUUAUCUUCAGAGAGAUGCUAUUUAGAGUUUUCUAUAGUGGAGUCCGUGUAAGUCGGACAACUCCAUUUUGUAUCUUGAGAGGCCUUGCCUGUCACAACCACCCCUUGCCCGUCACCCUGUUGUAAUUUGACAUCUCCCCCAUUAGAAUGUAGGCUCCCUUAGAGCAUCCUGUGUGUUCAUUCCUUCUGGAUCCUUGGCGUUACUGCACAGCAGUAUUCAUCGAUGGCUUGCAGCUGUGAAGCUUGUUGGGUUCAGAGCUGCGUGAGUGAAAAGCUAGGGCUGGUGACGCACUCACCAGGGCUCAGAGAAGGGCACUGGGAAUAGGCAGAAUUCAAAUGAAGGGACAACUCAUAAGGCAUUUGCCGGAGUUUGGCCAUCUCCGUGGUAGUGCUAGAAUAUGUUGCAGUAGGCAGGGGACAGAUCAUGAAAGACUGCCUAGUAAGAAGCCAUGUCUUUUCAGUGGACCUUUGACCCACCCUCUAGGAAAGCUACAAAGCUCUCUAUUUUUUUGAAUGGUAUUGAGCGGCACAUUUCUUCUCUUGGAGUCCUGAUCCUCUUUCCUGGUUAGCCUGCCGUGGAGUUCUGUUCUGAUCUCACAGCUUUAGCUUAUGCUGAGUCACCUGGGACCAAAUACAAAUGUUUAGAAGGGCAGCUAGAGGUUCAGAGAAGCAGCCUGUUUCUGCUGUCCACCAGGCUGCGUCACAUCGGCUUACUGACGAGCUCGACCUUGAACCUCUUUGUCUUUUAUGUCUCUGGAUCUGCAAGCUCACCCCCAUCUCUGCAUUUGUUUUUGACUGUUCUUUGGCUCAUGGAAAGAUUCUGAAUAUAUUUGGGGAAAAAAUGGUGUUGUAGUCAGCUUUUUAUUGGUUGGGAAAAUUGCGUUGCUUACACCUCCAGGAAUGGUAGGAUGGUGCAGGAAAGGGCAUGAACUCUGUAGCCUGGCAAGAGAUGAUCAGGCAGUGUGGCCCCCACGCUUGGCCAUAGUUUUGGACUUGUUCCUAAGGAAAUAGCACAUUUGUUUCUUGGUGUGGCUGCAUAUCAUUUAAACACCCCCUCCAAAUAAUAGUAAUUCUGUGUCAAGUCUCUUCCACAGUGUCAUUUGUAGACACCAUCUGGGAAUUGCCAUCUGGGACAUGCGAUCUUGGCUUUUCUACAGAAGUCGUGUCUUCAGGUUGGCCACACCAUAUGUUAUCACUGUGUGAAUUGAAAGUAACCAUUUGCCUCCUUUGGAAAGUUUGGCUACGGUGGAGGAGACUGUCGUUCGAGACAAGGCUGUGGAGUCGCUGAGGCAGAUCUCGCAGGAGCACACUCCUGUUGCCCUUGAAGCUCAUUUUGUGCCUCUGGUGAAGCGCCUGGCAAGCGGGGACUGGUUCACGUCGCGCACGUCUGCAUGUGGCUUGUUCAGCGUUUGCUAUCCCAGAGCUUCAAAUGCUGUCAAGGCAGAGAUUCGACAGCACUUCCGUUCUCUCUGCUCGGAUGAUACACCAAUGGUGCGACGUGCUGCUGCUUCCAAAUUGGGUGAAUUUGCAAAAGUUUUGGAAUUAGACAGUGUGAAAACUGAAAUUGUCCCAUUGUUCACGAAUUUGGCUUCAGAUGAACAGGACUCUGUGCGGCUGCUAGCUGUGGAAGCCUGCGUCAGCAUUGCCCAGUUACUGUCUCAGGAGGACCUGGAAGCCUUGGUAAUGCCUACACUUCGACAAGCAGCAGAAGAUAAGUCCUGGCGGGUUCGAUAUAUGGUGGCUGACAAGUUUUCAGAGCUCCAGAAAGCGGUGGGCCCUAAGAUUGCACUCAGCGACCUCAUCCCCGCCUUCCAGAGCCUCCUCCGAGACUGCGAAGCUGAAGUCCGAGCAGCCGCUGCCCACAAAGUAAGAGAGCUUUGUGAGAACCUGCCCGCUGAAGGUAGAGAGACUGUAAUUAUGAAUCAAAUCCUGCCCUAUAUAAAGGAAUUAGUGUCUGAUACCAACCAACAUGUCAAGUCAGCGCUAGCUUCUGUAAUUAUGGGAUUAUCUACAGUUUUGGGCAAAGAGAAUACCAUUGAACAUCUUCUGCCUCUAUUUUUAGCUCAGUUAAAGGACGAGUGUCCAGAAGUUCGUUUAAAUAUCAUCUCCAAUUUGGAUUGUGUGAAUGAAGUGAUUGGAAUCCGUCAGCUCUCUCAGUCUCUCCUUCCGGCCAUAGUGGAACUGGCUGAAGAUGCCAAGUGGAGGGUCCGCCUGGCUAUCAUUGAGUACAUGCCGCUGCUGGCUGGCCAGCUGGGUGUGGAGUUCUUUGAUGAAAAACUCAAUUCUUUGUGUAUGGCCUGGCUUGUGGAUCAUGUCUAUGCCAUUCGGGAGGCAGCCACCAACAACCUCAUGAAGUUAGUCCAGAAGUUCGGUACAGAGUGGGCCCAGAAUACCAUUGUCCCUAAAGUGUUGGUAAUGGCAAAUGACCCUAACUACUUACACAGAAUGACCACGCUCUUCUGCAUUAAUGCACUGUCUGAAGCCUGUGGUAAGGAAAUAACCACUAAGCAAAUGUUGCCCAUCGUGUUGAAAAUGGCAGGAGACCAGGUAGCAAAUGUCCGCUUCAAUGUGGCCAAAUCACUGCAGAAAAUUGGACCGAUUCUAGACACCAACGCCUUGCAGGGGGAAGUGAAGCCGGUGCUGCAGAAAUUGGGUCAGGACGAAGACAUGGAUGUCAAAUAUUUUGCACAGGAAGCUAUAAGUGUGGUGGCACAAAGGCUGAGGAAGCUAGAUUUUCCUGUGAAGGACAGUGAAGAGCCCAGCAUCCCUGGGGUUGACAAGAAUCUCUUCCUGAGACCCCGAGGGCCUGGAGAGGACACUGGGAAGCUGCGGAGUACCUAACCCACACAGUCCAUGGCAUCGGCCUCCUUGAAGGAAGAGGAUAUGGAAUGAGCAUGGCCACUCUUUCU